AAUGAGCUCUUCCGCGUGUGAUCCCAACUCUCUCCUUAAUCUUUCUCCUCCUCCUCAGCUUGAAGAUCUGGAACCCUCGUUUAUUCAUCACAUUCAAUUCUGCAAAUCUUCAUCACUUCUCCUUAAACAAUGACUGAUAACGAUGAUCCAACGAUGAGAGAAUCGGACCCUAUCAUUCACCCUCGAAGGGAGCUAUUCGAGCACGGUCUUCUUCCUAUACCUAAGCUCAUUUUCUCAGAUGGAAAUCAAACCCUAACCUCUAUCAAGGACAAGUUUCUUCAUCUCUCAGCUAGCUCCUCAACUCACCGUGUUGAUUCGAUUGCCAUCUCCGAAACUCUCCAGAUCUCGCUUGAUCAUGCGCGACUCCUUCUGGACACGCUCGCUUCAGUCCUUCACUGCGAUUCUGAUCCCUUAGUGACCGCCGAUUCAAGCGAGGUUGAUUCGGUUGGUGCUGAUGUCUAUCAUUUGUUAUUGUUCUUGUAUAUUCAAUCGUAUAAAAGGCUGCUUCCUCGUACGCACAAGGAUUCGGCUGCUAUUGCUGAUGUCUGGCCUUCCACCUCAGCUUUUGAUGGAUAUUUAUCCGUUCUAUCGCCAUUGCAGCUGGCGAGAAGCAACAGUCGACGAUUUAUGCCUUCUCAAGCUGAUGAAGAGGCACACCAGUUAUGCUAUAUACAGAAGCACUUGGCUAACAUUUUGUCUCUUUUGGCGAAUUCUGUGGAUGGGGAAGGCGAAGAAUCACAGGUUUUGACUAAGGAAAAUUUUGAGUACAUUGGAUUUUUAAUUUACUUUGGAGACAAGAGUUCGGAUAGGAUUCCAUUGAGCCAAGCUGUUCCAUUUUUUGCUAAUUCAGACCCAGAUAUGCCUGCUGCUCCUGUUCCAGCAACUCAAAUUCACGAAUGGCUGCUCCAGAACAUAGAGUACACUACUGAACGGAUUUCUGAAAAGGUUUCUCCAAAAGAAAAUGGGUUAACACAUGAUCAAGAUCUUGCAAUGGUUGAUAUGUCUGCGAAAUCUGCUAAUAUCACAACCAAUGCAAAGGGUCCUUGUGUUGUAGAGGGCAUCUCAAAAUCGUCAUAUGUUCGGCGAGCAUCUGAUAUCAAAGGAUCUUACGUGAAGGUUGCCAAUUGCCAAGAUUCUGUCAUCUAUAUUUUAGCUCCAUUGAGAUAUGCCACCAUUUAUGGAUGCUCCGACACCACUAUAGUUCUUGGUGCGGUUGGAAAGGCUCUAAGAGUGGAACACUGUGAACGAGUUCAUGUUAUUGUUGCUGCUAAACGUGUAUGUAUUGGCAACUGUCGUGAGUGCAUAUUCUUCAUGGGUGUAAAUCAAAGGCCUUUAAUGGUUGGUGAUAACCAUAAGUUGCAGGUGGCGCCAUUUAACACAUUUUACUCACGGUUGGAGGAGCACAUGGAUGAAGUUGGUGUUAAGGCAACUGUUAAUAAAUGGGAUGAUCAUGUUGCACUCGGACCAGUUGAUCCUCACGAUUCUCUGUCUCAUCCUGUGGGUAUAUCUGAUGUUCAAGCUGAAUCCGCCUCCCACCUAGAACCAGACCAAUUCACAAAUUUUUUGAUACCAAAUGGGUUAGACGGUGAAACCUCUGGAUCCACAGAAGUUAAUCCAUUUGCCCUCCCUACCGCUUACAUGUCAUCUCAGCAAAGAAAUUGCGAUAAUUUGGCGGAGAUAAAACACAUGCUGAAAGAAACUCAGCUGGAAGAAAGCAGGAAGAGAGAAUUAUUAAGUGCACUUCAUGUCUACUUCAAGGAUUGGUUAUAUGGUAAAUAUUAUCGUGUUUUACACUACACAAAGCAAAGAUCACUUGCAUUGUUUUAUUUGGUUUUAAAGUCGGUUUCUUUCUUGCAACAGCGACUGGAAACGUUAGACAACUUUAUUGCUUGAUGGGCGAAUAAGUGGAACAUUGAUGACACUUAAGACUGGAGAAGAUGGUAGGCAGUAGGAGUCUGGUGGUUCUCUUUGUGAAGAUUUACAUUAUUAAAUUAUUGUCUUAAAACAAGAUUGAGAACUGUUUUUCUCUUUUUCCUCCCUGUCCAUAGCCCCCAACUUUUUUGAGUUGUUGUACCCUAUUUUAUUUCUUUGUAUUACAAUUUUUGGAGCUGUGGUUCAGAUGGUUCAAAUUGGGCUUAGAUGAUUCCUGA